AGGUCUUCUCGAACGAUCGGCCGGGAGUGGAUAUCUACUUUCAUAGCGAGAAUGGAACCAAACAUGUCGACCCUGACUACUCCGUGCUCUCCUCAGACCACCCUUCCGUCUCAUCAGUCCCGAUUCACCGAUCAAACCUCUUUUGCGUCUACUGGUUCCACGUGGUUCUCUAUCCUCCGCCACGUCCCUCGCCACUUUACUGGUGGAUCUAUGCGACUUGA